CCAGCCCGCCGCCACACACGCCAGUGGAGCAUUGAGAGCCCUGUCAGGUGGUGGUGGUAAGGAUUUUGCCUCGCGAACUUGUGUAGAGAGAGCGCAGUGUCCUCCCUUUCCCCUUCACUUUUCCUACUCCCCUGCGACCGUCCGUAGUGGUGGUGUGAGUGCGAGUUGUGGUGUCACGUGUUUCCUACAGUCAGCGGGCCGUCACUCCUGCUCCCCUGCCCAGCGCCACAGCUUACCUACUUCAGUCACCGUCGUCUCCUCCGCUACGUCUUAAUGUUACUGCUCUCGUCUUGGCAUCGCUGCUUUUAGAUGUGUGUUGCGAGGCCCAGCAGGUGUGUGGAAAGGACGUGGCGUGACGUGCCCCUUCACGCGUAACUUCCACGUGAGCCCGGCAGCAGCCAGCCAACUGGUGUCCGGGAGGUGGAUUAACACGUUUUACCCGACACUCCACUAUAAAGGCAGUGCCGAGUUAUCUUCUGAUAAGACACACUCUGACGCCCACUGCCUCUCCAGUGUACUGUCGGCACGCGGACACGGUUGCUUGUUCCCCGCCACAGCCUCUCGUCACCUCCUCGCAUCAACGCCACCUCUGUGUCGUCCUCACACUUCCUUUUCCUCAGCAAGGCCCGUACUAUCCCGACGCGUAGUGCUGAUCGGUGGCGCUUCAGAAGGAGAGUCUUGUCCCGGAAGAUAUAGAACAAGAAGUUUUUCAGGGACGUCAGAUUCUCAAGACCACGACGACAAGUCAGACGACGACAUGAAGAAAGCUUUCCAACUGAUGGUGAAGACCGGGGACCAGGAGGGUGCCGGCACAGACGCCAACGUUUGGGUGGUGCUGGAGGAUGAGAAAGGACGCGCCACGCCACGCUUCAAGCUGGACAAGAUUCUGUACAAUGACCUAGAACGCUCCAAGCGGGACACCUACAAAGUGGACUGUCCCGAAGAGUUUGGCAGAGUGGCGCGCAUCAGGCUCUCCAGAGACAGUCAAGGCAUCGCUGACGACUGGUUCUGUGACUACAUCCACAUAGAGGACCGACGCAACAACAACAAGCGAAAGAUCUCCAAGGAUCACGCUGCCAAAACUGUCAGGAACUUUCUGGGUUCAGCUUACAUAAAGGAGAACGCCGCGGAGGAAAAGACAGUGUACUUUUUCCCCAUCCACCGCUGGGUCGCGGCAAGAAACGACUACCUCUUCGAUGAGUAUGGGGUGUGCCUGCCCCAGCUCGACAUCAGCCUGGAGGCAAGGAAGCAUGACCUGCAGAAGAAGAGGGAAUCGUACAAGUACAUCGUGCACGCCCCCGGCAUGGUGGCCCAAAUCGAGAACUUGCCAAGUGAUGAGAAAUUCUCCGAGGAAUAUUACUGGACCUUCGCCAGCGAGAAGGUCAGUCUUCUGGCCCAGACCAAGUUCAUCGAGUGGACUACCUCCAAAUGGAAUACACUGGAGAACCUGAAGAGUGUGUUCAAGAAGAGCCUUGGCGAGCCAGAGUGCAUUGAUGUGUGGAAGGAGGACUGGUGGUUUGGGCUGCAGCGCCUUCAAGGAGUCAAUCCACAGGUCAUUGCUCUGUGCCCCGCCAUCCCAGACAACUUUGAUGUGACAGAGGAGACAGUGAAGGGCCUGCUGGAUGAUCUCACUCUGGAGGAGGCACUCAAGAAGAAGAAGCUCUUCAUCUGUGACCUGGAAAUCACUGACAACCUGGAAUGCAAGGACAACCGAGAGUUGGCCUCCCCUCUGGCACUCUUCUAUCUCAACAAGAAGAAUGAGUUGAUGCCAGUCGCCAUUCAGCUGAAGCAAAAGAAAGGUCCUGACAACCCGGUGUACACCCCCAAUGAUUCUCCCAACACCUGGCUGGUGGCCAAGAUGUUCUACAACAAUGCCGAGGCUCAGCACCACCAGGCCCUCACUCACCUGGGCUACACACACCUGCUCAUGGAAGGAGUGGUCAUCUGUACCCACCGCAACCUGUCACCCUCCCACCCACUCUUCAAGCUGAUGGCGCCACACUUUCUCUUCCUGCUGGCCAUCAAUACUCGAGGCCUGGAGAAGCUGGUGGCUCCUGGAGGAUGGGUGGAUAUGUGCAUGACUCAGGGUGUGCAGGGGAUCUUUGAGCUCAUGAAGAGAGGCUUUGAUCGCUGGAGGUUUGACCGAGAGGGACAAGUAGAGAAAGAGCUCGAGUCCCGAGGUGUGCUAGACCCAGAUGUCCUGCCUUACUACCCCUACAGAGAUGAUGCCAUUCCCCUCUACAAUGUCAUCAAGAAAUAUGUCAGAACUGUUGUCACUCAUCAUUAUGACACACCUGAGAAGCUGACUGGGGACUGGGAGCUCAAGUGGUGGAGGGAGGAGCUGGUCAAGCCCCGGGACAACAAUGGUGUGGGACUGAAAAACGUACCUGGCAAUGAUGAGGAAGGCUUCACCAGUGUGGAUCAAGUGGUUGAUGCUGUGACAGUGAUCAUUGCCACCUGCUCCCUGGGGCAUGCUGCAGCAAACUUCCAGCAAUAUGAACAGUAUGGAUUUGUACCCAACUACCCCGGCAUCCUCAUGGGCCCUGUGCCGUCUGAAAAGAAAAUCUACACUGAGAAGGACAUCAUGGCUCUGUUGCCUGACAAGAGGAUGACUCUGGACAUCAUGGUCAUCACAAAGCUGUUGUCCAGUCGUGGCACCAACAGCCUUGGUAACUUUGAGAUGCAGUACUUGUAUGACCCUGUGGGCGUCCAGGCAGCUGAAGAAUUCAAGAAAGACUUGAAGAGACUGAGCCUAGAUAUGCAAAAAUCCAACAUUGACCGCCAGUGGAAGUUUGACUGGCUGGACCCAACUAUUGUGCCAAACUCAAUCAGUGUGUAAGAACUGAAAGAAGCAGGAGAGACAGUUCAAGACUGGUGGCUAGCUUUUCAUCUCAAAGGAAGAGCAAACCUGAAGUGCUUCCUGUUCACCAGAUACUCUGCACUGUGUCACUGUACCAAGAGUUGUGUGAACAAUGUAUAGUUAAGUAAUAUUCAGUUUGCAUACUGUUCCUUUAUGGUAUUGUACAUGCACACACACUCACAAAUGACGAAUCAUAGACAAACACGUGCACACUUAUGAUGCUCCAUGUACAAAGUAUCUCACGCAUUACCUCAAAUAUACUGUUCGUAAAACUCAAACAGACUACUAUUAGCUUUAAGCUCAACUUGCUGCAAACUUGUGCACUGAUUUACAAUUGACCUACAGCAUAGGGUUUUGCUCAUGUGCCAGUGCCAAGCACUUGAGGCAUUGAGUGUAGAUAAUGUAGUGGGGUUCUUAACUAAUCACUGAGCUGCAUAAUAAUCCACACUUAAUUCUCUCCUGAUACCAGUAAGUGUUCUGUGCUGGUGUGAUAGGCUAUCCUGUGGUGAUUAUUCUGUGAUUUUAUCUUUUACUGCUAUUGCUAUUGCUGCUGCUACUAUGAUUUUAGUUGUAAAUAUUUAUUGUGUAUAUACUAUGGACUAUUUUGAUUGUCAACAAUUUUCUGAUAUAUGUAUGUAUUAAUUUUCUAUAAUAAUGACUGAAUGAAAACUAAAAACUGAGAAGAGCAUCAUCAAUCAGAAAUAUAAUACAAAACUUGAAUUAAUGUUUCUAUCUUAUAUAUUGAAAAAGAAAAAAUAACAGAUUUAAAAUUGGAAUAUGCCAUGGAUAUUACUUAAAUUGAUAUUUCUUAUUUUCGCCAUUGAGUAGGUAAGAAAAUCUACUUAAAGUGAUUGUGAGAAACAAGUGACUUUAUAUAUGCAUCAUAGUUUCUGUCUUUUCACUGAGCUGGCAUCCUUCUAGUGAUGGAUAAAUGAGGCAGACGUCAUCUCACCAUAAGAACAAAAAUUAAGAUGCAAAAGUCGUACAUAAUUGAAAUGAUAAUUUCAGAUGUGAGCUCCAUACAUGUACUAUUUUCUUGCAUCACUAGACACUGCCAGCUGUCAGGAAGGACAGUUUCCCAGAACAAAGCAGAACACAUUAAAAGUUUCAUCCGAAUGAAGAAAAACUAAGUGAUCUCAGAAAAAAAAAAAAAACCUCAUGUGAUUAUUCCUCAUACAUUCAUGUAGAGCACACACUCACACAUCUCACUUCAUCUUAAUUUAUGUACAAUUUGUAUAUUUUCCAUGAUAUGAAUAUGAAAACUGAAUCUGAGUGAAUCACAGUGAGCGGUGACAGACACAGUGGUGGACAUGCCAUUGUACCACAACUAUAAAGAAAACAAAAACUUGUAAUCUUCUUCCUUCAUACUCUCUGAAGCUUAAUGUUGCAUGCUACACACCUUGCACAUUCAUUUUGUAUUAUGUUUACAACAGAUUGUCACCAAAUCAGUAUAUUAUAUAACUUAUGCUGAAUAUCUUAUCAUAUGGUAUUAUCAUUACUACUAUAACAGAGCUUAUAUUGCUGUGGUCGGACUUAAUGCCUUGUAUGCAUGGAUAUCAUAUGUAUAUUAACAUUUCUGGUGUUGGUGCACCUUCAUGAUUAAUAAUUCUCACACAAGACAAAGGAUGUGUUUCUGUAGUGGUCUUGUGUGGACAAGCAACUGUUGUGUCCGUGUGUAGGAUCACUGAAUGCUCAAAUUGUGAUAUCUUUGGUACAUUCAUGGGAAAAAAAAAAAAACAAUCACUGAAUCCUGAUUGAUUACUUUUGCAAUGAUGUUGCUUUUACAGCUCUUGAUUAAUGAUGUCUCAUGCAAGAGAUCAGAUGUAAUAUAUUUUUGUAUCUGUAAAACCUACUAUGUUAGUAAAAUUAAAAUGCUUC